AUGCCUGCCCGAGCCAAUAUCAUCGCGCCAGCGGAAAAUCCACCCGAACGAACGGAGAUGGCAGAUUAUUAUUCCCCAUAUCGUACCGGCCAUGUUAUGGGUGACUGGACGGAUCUCUAUAUGAAUGUCCGUCCUGAGUCUGGCGACUCCGUGAGAAUGGACGCAUUUGCAGCCCUUCAGUUGAUCACCAAGGUGGCCUAUACCGUCCAGAUGUUCGAUGAACUCCAGCCAUACCUAGAUGAAACCGCAGCCAAAUACCACAACUUCUUUGAUACGAUGUGCGAGUAUCUCCUUCUUUGCCAUCUACAAAAGGUCUACGAGGCCAUGCCAAAAGUAGCGUCAAUACAAGUGUUGCAUAGCAAAAUACUAGCAUACUCGAUGGUGCUACGGGAUGCGUACGAGUCUUUGAUAAGAACCAGGAACCCGGAUUCACACGAGACGAAGCCGAAACUGCAAAAAUUGCACAAAAUACUAAAGGAGAUCCUGGAGCCCAGCUUUCUCCGAACACUAUGUUCCGAACAAGAAGCAGCUUUUCUUUGCAACUGCAGCCACUUUGCCUCUGGUUACCUGCCUCAUGAGAAAAUCGAACAAAACGUGUGUAACCUGGUAGUCGCUCUUCGCGAUGACGACCGACAAGAUCCGUUCUACACCACCCAUCGGUACAUGCUCAACGAUCUGCUUCUCCAACUCUUCGAGCAAGAGCCAUUGAUGCUUGAUAUUAUCUUCAUGCAAAGGUGGUACAAACUACUGGGCAUGAGCGAUGUGGAUGUUCCUUUACCCAGUUACAUCCCUCGAGAGGCAUGGAAAGACAACUUCAUUCCCAUGGAAAACUCGCAUUGGUCAACCAGGUGGCUGGAGGAAUACUUCAUUGCGGCGUUGACCGGGUUGGACUCGUUCAGACCGGUUUACAUAUUUCUGGACGGACCAUCAGGUUUCAGAACGCAGACCUGGGAGGAUAACAACGCGGACUAUUUCCAUUUUACGGAGUUCAUUGACAAAGUUCGCAACAUCCAGCCUUGGCACAAAGUCAAAGACAGAGAACAGAUCGAGGGUAAUACAGCUGCCAUGCCCGUAACGAAUUCGAUCAAAACCAUCGUAGCGAGCAGACCGGAAAAAGACUUCCACGACUUCCAUCUACCUCGCAAAGUCAUGAAAUCUGGGUCAGUCGUGACAGUUGGCGUGGAAGCCCCGAUGCUUCGUGUCCAGGACAUCAACGGCAACGACAUGAAACUUAUCUGCCGCCACAGGUUUGGUAUGUUGGAGAAAGGUUACAGCACGAAGACCCCGAAAUGGCGCCAAAAGAGAAUGGAAGAGACGGUGGAAGAAAUUGUGAGGGAAGCCAACGGAUGUUACCAAGUGUUACAAGACGCUUUGGAUCGUCAUCCCCAGACCAAAUUUGAUGAAGAUGGAGAAGAAGCGCCCUCUUAUUUGGAACUCGGAAAACUUCACGACCAUGAUGCCCUUCUGGACCGGGACAGAACUGAUGCUGACGCCCAUCUGCCAAGAGCAUUCAGGCUCUACAGCUCCAUGCUUUCUCAAAUCUGUUGGGUCAACCAACUCAGCGACUCCCGCAAUAUCUCAUACUAUCUCAACCUUAUCCUCGCCCACAACCACUCCCAUCGUUUCACCUCGGUCCGAUUGAAAAAUCGGCCCCUAUCCCUCCUCGAAGUUGUUCUAGCUGAGGGAAACAAAUUGCCUCUCUACCCCUCAACAGAGACAGUUGACCGCCUCUGGCAAAAUUGCCAAUUAACAGCCAACAAACUCAACAAGGACCUAUAUCCCUUCGUCGUGCUGAAGGAUAUGGAACCUCAACACCAAGUCUCGCCUCCAAAAAGCUCAAAGUCAGGGAAGGACAAGACUGAAUACGAGCGGAAUGACUAUGCCGACCUCCUCCCCUUCGCCAACCGCGCCCUCGUCCCCAUCCAUCCCCGCUUCAUAGACUUCCUCGUCUCCAUGCCCGAAGGCAUUGAGCUCCUCAACCGAGACUGCGGCUGUACUAAUGACCAGUUCACCCCCAGUGAGUACGACGACAAACCAAUCUACAAAAAACACGUUCAACUGAUCGAGUCAUCCAAGGAACUCUGUCACUUGGCGGAUUUGGUAGAAGGGGAUGAUCCCAUCGUGCAUCUUCGUGUGGUUCCACGUCCGGUCCCUCCUGCCCCUCCUGCAGGGGCACCUAAACAAUGUACAAGUAGAACUAUACCUUCCACUUCCUUGCCAGAAACAGACACGAGCGCUUCUUCCAUGUCCUGGGAAGGAACUAGCUGGGGUGGAAGUGGAAAGAAAGAAGGUUGGUUUCCUCGAGAAUGGAUGGAGGAGUUUUCGAGGGAGACGAUGGGACCGUGGGAGAGGUUCUGGGGGAUGUUUACUUCUGGUAAAUCGCGGCCGAGGGAGUUGGCGUCGAGUGUUGUUGAGCUACGGAAUCCGCGGGAGGAUACCUCUACGAAUAAGAGGAGGAAUAAUACCCCUGAGAACACCUCUAGGAGGACGGAAAUGGAAGGGAGAGGAGAAUAUGAUGCCGUUUCUACUUGCUGA